UCGUUUGUUUGAAUCGCAUUUAUUCAGAAAAAAGGAGAAACCUUUCACUGCCGUCCCCCUCUUCCAGUGAUUGUGUUUGUGAAUGAUUAGUCAGCUGAAAGUGUCCAGUCAGUCAGUCAGUGCUUGCUUUGUUGCGUGAUAAACAGUUAACUCUUUUUUGCGUUUUUCCUCUUCUGACCUUUAUCAGUCGAUUGUUAUUGUUUUGUGUGUUAUCUUGAUGACCUGAAAAAGGUGAUUGUUAUCAAUGGCAUGAGUUCCGUAUAUUCUCGAAAACGGUGUUAAUGUUGGCGCCUGCCCUCGUGAAAAUAACAAAAACUAAUCUUUUGGGGGGCGUAACGGCCACGGCUUCCGGAACCCAGCGGCCAUGGAUUACGCAACGGCCACAACCCAUCGACCGCUGCUGCUGGAGGACGAGGAAGACGACAGUGAGGCCACCUUUUACGACGAAACGAAUUAUGCGGGUUCGAUCAAUGCGGGCUCCGUCGAUGCGAUUCCGUCGACGGCCGUCGUGGGCACGAGGACGGCCCGAAGGACGGCGGAUGACGGCGGUGGUGGUGGCGGGUUGCGGAUUGCCCCCGUGGACAAGUACCAUUUUAACUAUGCCGUGUUUUACCUGCUCGGGAUGACCACGCUGCUGCCGUGGAACUUCUUUGUCACGUCGGAGGAGUACUGGCACUACAAGUUCCGCAACGUAACUGCCAACGACUCGUCCGUCCUCACGCCGCGCCAGAUCGAGUUCCAGUCCGACCUGAACAUUGCCGCGUCCAUCCCGUCCACGUUGUUCCUGCUGCUAAACGCCGGCUUCGGCCACCUCAUUUCCCUCCCGGUGCGGAUGGUCGGUUCGCUGGUGCUAAUGUUUGCCAUCUUCAUCGGCACCACCGCCCUCACCCUGAUCGACACCGACAGCUGGCAGGACCAGUUCUUUCUCAUCACGAUCGCCUCCGUGGUCGUCGUCAAUGCCUUCUCCGCCACAAUGUCCGGUGGCUUGUUUGGAAUUGCAGGCCAAUUCUCCUCGGACUACAUGUCGGCCGUCGUCAGCGGCCAGGCCCUCGGAGGAAUCUUCUCCGCGGCCGCAGACAUUCUAGCGCUCAGCUUCGGAGCUCCACCCACCUCCACCGCGUUUGUGUUCUUCAUCGUGGGGACGCUAGUUCUCCUACUAACGCUCAUCAUGUACAUCGUAAUGUCGAAAACGCUCUUCUUCAAGUACCACACCGCGUCGCGAACGCUCAUGAAGAGCUCGAUGGACGUGGACGGACUCACGCGAGAGCUGCUCCCGCGCCAGGAGCCAACGUUUUGGGGCGUGUUGAGGAAAAUUUGGCUGUACGGAUUUUCCGAGUGGCUGGUGUUUGUGACGACGCUUUCGAUUUAUCCGGCGGUGACGAUUCUGGUGGGGUCGCAAACCCGCGGUCAUCCGUGGAACGAUGUGUACUUUUUGCCGGUGGUGAACUAUCUGCUGUUUAAUACCGGAGAUUACAUUGGAAGGGUGUGCGCCGGAAUGUUUGAAUGGCCCUCCCACAGUCCAUUCCUGAUCAGCAUCAUGACGAUCGCGCGGAUCGCGUUCGUGCCGACGAUGCUGCUGUGCAACAUCCAACCGCACCACAACUUUCCCAUCAUGAUCCACUCGGACUACAUCUUUAUGGCGCUGAUGGCGGGCUUUGCGCUCUCGAACGGGUACAUCGCAAACAUCGCCCUCAUCGGGGCGCCCAAAUCGGUCAACCAGCAGGAAAAGGAAAUGGCCUCGUCGAUGAUGGCGGCCUUCCUCGGGGUGGGGCUGGCUUGUGGGUCAACGGUAAGUUAUAUGAUAAUCGAGAUGAUCAAGUGAGGAGACAUUUGUUUUCGGGUCAGAUCUGCGAUAUUUGUGUUAAGAUAUUAUGUGUACGGGCGCAGGGUUCACAACAGGGUUCUCGAUCAACACUUAUCAUUAGUUCUUAAAAGGGAGGAAAUAGUGAAUCGUCCAGAUUUGUUCUAUUGUCAUACAAAGUAAAUAAGCACUCUAUGUUACGCCACUAAGCAUACACAGCAACACUAUUUAAACACUAGGAAAAAAAGUUAUAUAACGAAGAAAGUCGUUUUAAUCGUAGAACAUUAUUAUAUUAUACAUUCUCUCUAUACGAGAAACUUGAAAAUUCCAA